AGCGUACGGUUUUGUUGAUUUCAACGUGUCUGUUGUCGUGACUUGAGUGAUCAUUGCUUGCGUAUAUCGCCUUUCUUGGUCUCUUAAUCCGUCAGAGAAGCUUCUAGCUUGUGAUUUGUGUCUUUGAAAUUAUGCCACCGCAAGAAAACGAAGGAAAUCCGAACGCUUCGACUCAUCCGCCCGAAGGCAGUACGGCUAAUUCUUCGACCAGCCCUAACUGGGCUGCACUUAGGGUAAGGAAGCCUAAAAGUAUUUAAAUUUAUUGUCUGUUUCUUGAAAUUUCUCAGAUCUGUCAACAUUUAGAGGUCGGGGUUAUUCCCUCCUUUUGGGUUCAUAUUGAAUUGAGAUCUUACCGGAAGAAAACUGCCAGACGAAUGAAAGUUUCUAUGAAAAAUAACUUUCGUUCAUUGCAUAGAUCUUAGUUGUUUGGAAUCUUGGUUGCAAAUGCGUGAGAAUUUGUGCACUUAACUUUUUCAUCAAGUGUGAAUUAUUUAGUGUAUUCAAAAAAAUGUCAGUAGUCUAUACUGGGACGAAAGUUUUGAUUUUACAUGAUCCUGUAUUUUUCCUCGGCACAAUCACCACUUCCUGCAUAGACAGUCUGGUCUUGAAGCAUCCAGCUUAUUUAAUCCCGUUAAUUGAAAACGUACUUCGGUAAUUUCCCAAAUUUUUCUGGUUAAUAAUUUAUUUAUCAGUUUUACUUGAUGUUGAAGAAGAAAGGGAGCUUAGCUUUUAAACCCAGCUUAUCCCAGAAGUGGAAAUGUUGUGUUGUUCAACUAUGAGUAUUUUAUCAUGUAAAUAAUUUUUCUCAGUCAUCUUUAAUUAUCUAUUAUUCUGGUUGUUGAGGGAAGGGAAUAUUCCUGCUUCAAAGUUAUUGGGAAGUGAAAGGAGAACCAAAAAUUAUUUUUGAAGCUCAUCUUCUUGGAAGUGUUUGGAUGAUAAUAUUUGACAAGGUGUUUUUUUGGGUCUUAAUUUUUCAAACCCAUGAUAAGAAUCACACAAAAAAUGUCACAACUACUUAAGGGAUGGUUACAUAUAUGACAUGCUUAUAUUUUCAUAGCAGCCCUUGUAUUUUUGUGAUAUUUAAAUAGUGUCAGGGGAGUUUUAGGGUUUUCACCAUUCUCUCCUCUCUCACCUUGUAAUCUUCAAAUAAAUUUUUUAUAUGGCAGACAUCCAUGGCCUCUUAAAAUGAUAUCCAACAAUUCUAAUUAGUUAUCAAUUUCGCAAAAGUUGAAACGGUGCUUUGAGAAACAUCUUUCUGCAAAGUUCAAUGCUAGAAUUUAAUAAAUUCAUGAAAACUUCUUAAAGUCUCAUAAACUCUGUUCAAAAAAUAACUUGAUGGCGAUCCAAUUUUGCUUCAUAUCAUUUACAAGUCAAAAGUAAAAAGGACAAGUGAAAAUGUAUAAAGUAAUGAAAACAACAGAGACAGAAUGUUUUUUUCCUUAGGGGUAUAAUUCCCAAAGGUGAAUUGACAACUCAGUGUCAGGUAAAAAGUUUAGGGCAAAUUGAGUCACUCAGUGUGUUGAACAAAGGCUUGAUGAUCUGAUUAAAAGGCAUUUCUUAGAUAAAACAAUUAAACAUGCUGAUACAUUUUCUGUGAACUUUUAAAAUGCAAUCAAUGGGUUUGUUCCUCUCUAUUGUUUUUAUCUCUUGAUAUAUUUCCAAUUGUUACUUUUACUUUUGACUUGCAAUGUCAAAAUAUUGACAAAAUACCCAUUAACAAAUAAUAUGAGUUUUUUUAGAAAGUUUCUAUGUAUUUAAAUAAUGUUCUAGUAUUGAAGUUUGCCAUCAACUGUGUGUUACAAUGGAAAUAUGUGACUAAACAAAUGUAUGAUGAUAUUCUGACUUGCAGCGAUAUCUGUUGGAUAACAAAAUUGAUUCAGCAUUAUGGCUUACAAGAGUAUUUACAAUCAUCACUUCAAUUCUUUAUUUGCUUCCAUUUUUUAGGUAAGUAUAUGAGUGAGUUGUCUAAAUCCUUUUUUCACAGUAAAUAUCCAAGGGUUUUCUCUGACAACUGUAGUAACAGAAAAAAGUAAUUGGGGAAUAUUCUGAAUGAGGGAAUGAAAUAAUAGCUCAGACAUUUUAAAUUUAGGCACAGAAUUUAUUUCCAUGUAAAUAUUUGAGUGAACUACAGGUGGCAGUUCAUACAAACUGAAGUCAUUUGAGCAAUGACCAACCGGUCAAAGACAUAUCUAAGAUUUAGUUACAAUGAUGGCUUAUUUUAUGUAUAGAAACUAUUUUGAUUUUAAUUGAUUAAAAAGCUUUUCAUUUCUUAGAUUUCAUGGACAAUUAGUGAAGGAUGUUGUACUAAUUUAAAGACCAAAAAAGAAACAAAAAGGGUUGCUAAUAACCAAACUAGAAAAUAUUGUAGCAAGUGACUCUGGCUGACAUUUCUUAAGUUAAAGUCCCAAUUUGUUAAAAAGUAUGUUUAAUUUUUUUUAAAGCUCAGAAGUCUUCUUUUUUAUCUAUUCUAACCAAAAGUGUUUUCUGUAAAAGCCUGUUGCUUCUAUUAGAUCAUUCAAAUUCAAAAUAAUAAUGAUACAAUUAUGAAGGAGUGAAAUUUACACAUCUGGGUAAAUGGCUGAUGUGACAUCAUAAUGGUUAGUGUGGUGUACUCUGGAUCAGAAAGUCCAUGUGUGAGCUUUGAGCAAGGUUUCUUUUGUUACAUUCUUGCUCUUGAGCAUCACCCCUGAAAUAUGGCUUUAUACCAAAAAUUAUGGUCAUUUUUUUUCAUUAUGCUCAAUUUAACUGUUCAAAAUAAUAACUUUUAAGAGCCCCUGAACCUCCCUUCCCCACCCUCCCCCCAUUCCUACAACCAAUUGGUGAAAUUUGCUAAUGAUAAAAGGUUUAAUGAAGUUGAGAAUGCAUUUUUACUGGAUCAAAUCUUUAAUCCCCUAACUCCCAGAUCAAAUUUAUAAUUCUCCUUAGUGUCAACCAUACAAUUCUUCUAAUGUUAUUUCAGAGAAUUUAGUAUUGGAUCAACUAACCCCAAAUUGAUAUUUUUCUUUAUUCUCAUCACCUAUCUGGUUGAUAUUGUAUUGAUACUGUAAGGAGAAUUUCUGUCUUGGUCACUCAUGGGAGUUAAAGGGUUAAAGUGCAAGCUAGAAAAGUAGGCUUACUCUUGACAUUAUUCAGGCUACAGAUUUUCUUUUGUUGCACUCUCAGAGUGCCUGUCUCCACACAGGAGUACCAACCCACCGUCAGGGAGUCCUGACUAAAUGUUGCUCAAGGGGUUUGCUUGCACUGGACAUUUGUUCCAAAAGGAAUGGCUCUGCCUAGGAUUGUUUUGUGGCACAAAAACUGUUAUAAGUUUACAAUAUAUGCACAAAGGUUCUUAGAAACUGUUUUUUGUUAAGUUACUAACAUUUCUUGUUCCAUUUGAUUGAAUCGCAGUCCUAUGUUCAGCUAUAACUGUUACAAAAGAGUGCUGAUCAGUUCAGCGGCCACAUCAGCUUUAAGGCUUCAUCAACGACUUCCAGUAUGUAAAAUUGUGUUAUUUCAUUCUCAUACAAAAUAAAUUUGUUCUAUCAAUAUUUAAAAAUUAUGAGAUUUUUAAUCAUAUAGAUACUUUUUUUUUCAUUUCACAGAGAUUCCAGUUUUCAAGAGAAUUCUUUGGACUGCUGCUUAGUGAAGACAGUUGCCAUUAUCUACUUUACAGCAUCAUGUUUGUCAACUCUCAUCCAGUCACAAGUAUCUUUUGAUUUUAAAGAUGAAAAUGUGAAAUGAAGCAAAUGCUAGUUUCCAAUUUUUUUUUUUGGUUUAGAAAGAAGCCUCAGUGUUUUUGGUUCACCUUAGAGACACUACAAUUGUCAGUUUAGUGGAAUGUGGAAAUAGUUUGGAGACAGGGUUUUGACUGCAAAAUAACAGUGUUGUCUCAGGCAACCUUUCUUGUUAUCAAGCAAUUAAUGUCACAAAAUGGGGUGUCAAAAUGUGAUUUUAAAAUGUAUGAUAUGUAUAAUUCAGCCCAUCACACUGUAGACAACUUUUCAAUUGCAAAACUUUCCUUGACUACAAAUUUCUCACAAGUCAUCUUAAUCCCAGUUGCAUUAUUUGCCCUUCUUCACACUGUGUCAUUUACAAAAAAGUUACUAGAUGUGAGUACAAAAUUUUUGAGUGGUUGUCUGUUAGUUGAAGUUGCUUUUGUUCCACAAAUCUUCACACUGUGUUAUUAUUUAUACAACAUUAAGUUGAUAGUUACUUGUGGAAUAUUAUUUUCUGUCUUUUCUACUGUGUGCAGAUCCUUGGAAGUGGUGGAAUUUUCAGCAUGUCCCUUAUAAGGUAAACGCUCUUUCUCUUCCAAUUCAAUUGUUUUUUACAUUUCAAAAUUCAACAUGAUUGCAUGUUCAUUAAUGUGAGGUUCUGAGGAAUAAAUCCUUAAGUCUGUAAGUCAUUUCCCAUUUUGAAAUAGAAAAAUUUUGUCCUUUUAUUCAAUGAAUCAGCUAGGCAAAUGCUUUUUUAAAAGCCUUUACACCCUAACAUGAGUGUACAUAUUCUUCAUGCUGUUCUCUUUACGUUUCCUAUGAUAAUGACAAGGAGAAUAUGUUCAAUGAUCAAUAACUUCUUAAACUGGCAUUCAUUUCCUUGCUCCUCAUAAUCCAAUACUGCAAUGCUGUGACAAGAAAUUAGAUGAUGGCCAAUCUUAGGGGUAAAAGGUUACUGGUUAUUUACAUGUUUGCCCUCUUAUGGUUUAUUUUCUCAAAUUAUUUUCUAAUCAUUAAGUGUUCAGAAUUCAAAAGAACAUGUUUGAACUACUUUUUUUUACAAUUGGAACAAAUGUAAUAUCCAAACCAUUAACAAUAAACAAGAAUUUGUGUGAGAACUCAGUGCAAUUUUGGAUUUUAUCUGAACAUUUAAUCAACAACAACUUAAAUACUCUUUCAUUCCUGUAAGUUGUAUGUUUUUGUUCUGUUUUGUUUUUUUUUUUUAAGGUCAGCUCGUAAAGCCAUAGAGAAGGUGGAGAUUCAUCAGCAGGGAUUGCUGAGGUUCAUUGCUUGCACAGAGAUAAUGCUGAUGCCAGCUGUUAUUUUAAUGGCACUCAGGUCUGUAUACAGUUCAUUUUCCUAAUGAUUGGUGAAAAACAUCAAAUGAAGUUUAAUUAUUAAUACUGCUUUUUUCCUCCACCUGGGUAGCUCAUGUUGUGAGGUUCCCACACUCCCAUGAGAGAGGUCUAAGGUUCAAGCCCCAGAGUGAAACAACACUUGGGGUCUUAAAAUAAAUGAAGAGACUGUUUUGCCUAUGCUAUGACAUUUGCAAAUGGUUGGAUGUUCUAGUCUUCUUGGAUAAUAUACUGUAGUAAGAGUUUGAAAUGGACGAUCUAUGGAUAAUGUUUCAAUAUGUUACUGAUGCUGCUGUGGAUGAAUUUUCAAUUUCAGUGGUCAAGCUGGCAUUGUCAUUCCUUUUGUUUACUAUCGAUUUGUGGGAUUUAGAUAUGCAUCCAGGCGGAACCCAUAUUGUAGGUUAGUGACAGAAUUUUUGAAUAUUAAUUAAACAUCCUUUGUUUUCAUUUUGUUGGCAAAGAGCAUUCAAAUUAUUUUUUUUACAAGUAAAAAUAUUAGAGUUUGAUUUUAUAGUAAGCACAAUUUCAGUACAAAAGUGAUGUGGUUGUGUUGCAAUUCCUCACACUGGUAUCUUUAUAUAUUAUAUUAUUAUAUCAGCUGGUGAGGGCAACCACUGCCUUCUCUACAGUCUAGCAAAACAGAGUCAAACAAACCGUAAUCAAAGUUUCAAAAAUGUUUGUGAUGUCAGAUGAAGGGUUAGUGAUCUGUCAUAUGCAAGAUCUUUUGCAUGUUGAAGGGGUUUACUUGUGCAGUUUUAUCAAAGCUCCUUUGAGAAUGAAAUUUCAAACCAACUGUUUAUCUCUGUCAUUUCUUCCAGACUUCUAUUUACUGAGUUUCGACGAUCAGUUGAGCAGCUUGCAAGUCAUCCUCGCUGCCCAGCAUUCUUGCGGACCUUUGUGUUCAAGUUCACUGCCUUCAUUGAAAAGUUAGCUCCUCCAAUGGCACCACCCCCUCCUCAAGCUUCUGCCUCUUGAGGGGAAAAAAUGUUAUUUAAUUUGCUUCUCCAAAUUUCAGCCUUGUAUAUUUAAGUAGGUAAUAGCAAAUUUCAACUAAUGAUAGACAGAGACAAAGUCAUCGUUGAAAAAA